AUGGCAAUGAUCCGGGAUUACUGGGAUAUCCGCGGGCUGGCUCACGCCAUCCGCCUGCUUCUGGAGGACACAGACUCAAACUAGGAGGAGAAGAAGUACCCGCUGGGGGACGCUCCCAACUAUGACAGAAGCCAGUAGCUGAAUGAAAAAUCCAAGCUGGGCCUGGACUUCCCCAAUCGGCCCUACUUAAUUGAUGGGGCUCACAAGCUCACCCAGAGCAACGCCAUCCUUUGCUACAUUGCUCGCAAGCACAACAUGUGUGGGGAGACAGAGGAAGAGAAGAUUCGCGUGGACGUAUUGGAGAACCAGGUUAUGGAUGUCCGCUUGUGCAUGGCCAUGAUCUGCUACAGCUCUGACUUUGAGAAACUAAAGCCUGAUUACUUGAAGGAGAUCCCUAAAACGAUGAAGCUCUUCUCAGAUUUUCUGGGGAAGAGGCCCUGGUUUGCAGGGGACAAGCUCACCUAUGUGCAUUUCCCGGCGUACGACAUCCUUGACAUGCACCGCACAUUUGAGCCCAGGUGUCUGGAUGAAUUCCCAAACCUGAAAGACUUCACUUCCGGUUUUGAGAAUGAGAAGAACGAGUACUCCCAUAACAAGAUGUUGACUGGAAAAAAAAACCCUCACAACUUAAGAGCAGGCUUGAAGAAGAUCUCUGCCUACAUGAAGUCCAGUUGCUUCCUCCCAGGCCCUCUGUUUCUAAAGACUGCCAUGUGGGGCAACAAAUACUGCCCUGUAACCAGGAGACGGGAGUGAGGAGCCAUUGUCCUGGAGACCAGGUGGACCUCCCUGUGCACAGAACCAUCUGUCUUUUUCUUUCUCCUUCUUUUCACUUUAGAUGCCGUCUUGGCCCCCUUUAUCUCCCUCCCAACCCCCUUUUCAUCCAUCCUUUAUUCAGUUCCCCACUUUUCUUCAGCAAAUUUCCUCCCCCACCCCACAUUAUCCCUCCUGCACUAAAGCCAACUAGACUAUCCUUCCCUUCCAUGGUUGCUUCUGCUGUGAGGAGCCCGACCAGACCCCUGGCCCACAGAGCUCUGCUCUGAGCUCCCAGCACUGCCCUGAAGAUCAGAAUUGGCCUGGUGUGCAGGUGGCCUGGUGUGCAACCUCCCAGUGUGGUUCCUGCCCAGCCCUGUCUGAUCCCCAGUAAAGCCUUAAUGAUACCUGCUGUGUCUUGUCUUAUUCCCUCCUGGCUUCCUGGAGUCACGACUGACUGUUGGGUGUGUGUGGGUGUCCAUUUUUCCUUCUGUUGUCCACUGCAGAGGCUCCGUGGAUGGGCAUGCAUGUGUGUGUGUGGCAGGGGGUUGGGAACAGGUGGGAUUAUACUAUUGCUUGCUCCUUUCUAUUUCUACUUCAUGUACCUCUGUUCUUUAGCAUGGGGUCUUUACAGAAGGGGGGCCCUUCUGUGCCUGGUUCCCUCCUUAAUUCAGCAUUCAUGGGAAGCCUCCUGUCAGCUUGUGGUACUCUGUGUCAUGGUUCAGGGGGCUCUUGGAUGUGCUGGGGAAGGGGUCUGAGUAGUCUACUGAUAGUGUGGGAUCCUGGUGGCCUACCUUCUGUCACCCUUUCCUGGAGGCUUUCCGUGCUUUAGAUACCCUUCAUCUGUGUUCUUAUAUCUCAGUAAAACAUACCCCCACUGUA